AUGCUAUCCACAACCCAUCGUGUCAAUGUUACGCCAGCAGGUACUGGCAUCCAUGACAAGCCAACAGAGCCCUUGCGACAAGAAACAGCACUUGAAGCAAAAGCAGCUUCAUCAACUUCUACUACUACCAGCACACCUUGCGAGGAUCAAGAUGAAGGUGAACGUGAAAGAGAAGCAUUGGCAACUGUUUUUGGUGUGCAAGAAUACACCGAGUCGGUCAUGUUCUGGAAACGACUUCACGAAGAAAAAAGCCAUCAAAAGAGCAACACCAAACCCACCAAGAAAAAGAAAGGCACCACGUUGACAUCACAACAUCAUCAAGAAUUCCCUUCAAUAAUGGUCGAAGAUGAUGAGAAUACUACUACUGCUUCUUGCAAUCAUAAUAGCAGCAAGCAAAAUGAGCUGUUGUCACUUCCCGAUAUACCCACUGUCAGCAAGUUUAAUGAUCUUUUAAUUGACGAUGAGCAUGGUGUUGAUUUCCUAUUCCCUGCCAAUCCAUCGUCAGUAUUAUUGCAUUCAUUUUCACCUGCCAAUACUGAGGCACACUCGGUAGCCGAAUCAUCUGUACAUUCAUCAUCAAUCCAUUUUAUGGCAUCUGCUAUUAAUGCUGCUGCUGCUACUGUUGCUGCUGGAGACAACGACACAACGAGCAAGGACAUCAUUAGCCCAACAACCGAGAAUGCAAUUGCUCCACCACGUUUAUUCAUUGGGUAUCCACCUUCGAUAUUCGACAUGUUGAAAUCCGAUCAUGAUGAGCGUAUCAUCGUCUGGGGGCCGAGUGAUCGUACUACAACGACAGCAGCUGCUAGUAGUGCAAGCGGCGGUCACCUUCAUUCACAGCCAGCAAGCUCUUUGCACCACCAUGAUACAACAGCACCUGCAUCAUCAUCAUCACCACCCUCCAACAAGAAACAGCCCUCGUAUUUGCAAGGCUUUUCAACCAACACAACAAGCAGCAGUGCUUCGCUUGCAAAUGGCAACAAUAAUAAGCGACGUUCAUCAAAGCUUGUCAACUCAGCACGCAUGUCAGCUCAAUCAUUGCUUGUCGAUAGCUUCCAUCGGCUUAGCAGACAAAAGAGCUUACCUGCACGUAUUCGACCACGUUCAUCCAAACAACAAUUGAAAGCAGAGCAACAACAUGGCACAUCAUCUUCAUUAUCACCUCCUCCCUUGUUGAAACGUGCUAGCUUCACCAUCAAAAACAGGCAUUCAGCUGAAGAACUACAUCCACCACCCAUUCCUGCUGAUCCACAAGCUCAACAGCAACAAUCACAGCAAAUCAUUAUUGCUGCAUCUGUGGAGAAGCUUGUAGAAAAGUUGACCAACAGCUUAGGCAAGUAA